UUUCAUUCAUCAGUCUAUUCAGCCCCAGUUUCGCCAUUCCGUCCCCGUAUUGGCCUGUCCCUCAAUACCUUGUCUUGCCCUAAAUUCUGCUCUGAUCACUUCCACUGCACGAAAAUCGUCCUUGCCCACCUCACUCUUCCUUCAUUUGUUUAUUUCGUUUGAUCAUUUUUUGGUUGAGAUUGUGAUUUGGCUGACUCUUUGGACGUACAGUAAGUGACACAAUCUCUUGUUUCGAACACAGAUCGAAACCGCCGAUGAUUCGAACCGGGAUUGAGGUGAUGUCCAAAUUCACCUCAAACCCAUUGUCAUUUGGCCUGGAGACUCCACUUCUGCCUUAUGUCCUUCACCAGCAACGCAGCAAACAGACUGGCGAAAUUCACCAUCUUCCUCACCUGCACAACAAUCACACGAACCUUCGUUUCCACGUGCAACGGUGUCUCGGAUUCACUUGCGCGUCUCUUGAAUCCAACCUCACUCUUCGUGCAUUAUGAUAACCUUGAGUCGACAUUAUUCUGACAAUUACACACAGAGAGACCGAUCUCGUUCACCCCGUCGCCGAUCGCGCAGCCCUCGACGCAGCCGCCGCUCCUACUCUCCUCGUAGCCGCUCUCGCAGUCGAGGUGACGAAUACCGUCGCAGUGAACGCCGAUCCCGAAGUCCCAUGAGCGGAGCACCUAAUCCAUCCGGAGGAUACGCAGGGUCUGGCUACGGCGGCAGAGGCGGAGGCUCAUAUCGAUCAAGCGAAGACCGUGCUGCUGCAAAAGAACAAAUGAUGCAAUCGGUGCGCGAAUCAUCUCAGCAAGACCGUCGGGUCUAUGUUGGCAAUUUGGCUUACGACGUCAAAUGGCAUCAUCUGAAAGAUUUCAUGAGACAGGCUGGAGAAGUUCUCUUUGCCGAUGUCUUACUACUUCCAAAUGGAAUGUCGAAGGGAUGCGGGAUUGUGGAAUACGCAACUAGGGAUCAAGCCCAACAAGCUAUUCAAACACUUAGCAAUCAGAGUCUGAUGGGACGCCUCGUCUAUGUCCGUGAAGACCGCGAAACUGAGCCACGAUUCAUCGGCCCACCAGGAGGCCGUGGCGGCGGUGGCAUGGGCGGCCCACCACGAGGUGGUUUCGGUGGUGGAGGAUAUGGAGGUGACCCCUACGGCGGCGGCGGCGGUGGCCGUCAACUCUACAUCUCCAAUCUCCCCUUCAAUGUCGGCUGGCAGGACUUGAAAGACUUGUUCCGUGGCGCUGCGCAGGAAGGCGGCGUCAUCCGAGCCGAUGUCCACAUGGACGCCACUGGCCGACCCAAAGGUACCGGUAUUGUUGCAUUUGAGUCCGCUAACGACGCUCGCAACGCAAUCAAUCAAUUCAAUGGCUACGACUGGAAUGGCCGCGCUCUCGAAGUCCGUGAGGAUCGCUAUGCAACCAGUGGACCAGGUAUGGGCUUCGGUGGUCGCGGUGGUUACGGUGGCGGCUACGGCAUGCGAGGCGGUUAUGGCGGUGGCCGUGGUGGUUUUGGGGGUCGUGGAGGAUACGGAGGUGGCGGCUAUGGCCGUGGAGGGUAUGGCGGAGGUGGUGGUUAUGGCGGCGGCGGCGGCGGCGGUGGAUAUGGUGGCGGCGGACCAGUUGCAGCUCCUCAAGAGCCCGUCGCACCCAAUCCUUUCACCGACUAUGCCACCUAUGGAGGGGAGCGAAGUGAGAUCAUCUUUGUCCGGAACCUCCCGUGGUCCACCAGCAACGACGACUUGGUCGAACUCUUCACGACUAUUGGUAAGGUCGAGCGCGCCGAGAUCCAGUACGAACCCAAUGGACGCUCGAAAGGAACCGGUGUGGUUCAGUUCGACAGCCCAGAAAAUGCCGAAACUGCCAUCUCGAAAUUCUCUGGUUACAUGUACGGCGGCCGCCCCCUCGGCUUGACCUUUGUCAAGUACACCAAUGCGAAUGGCAACGACAUGGAGGGACAAGAAGCUACUGGAGGAAUGACACAAGACCAAAUGAUGUGAAACGGCUCUUGACGAGUCCCACACACAUGGACACAUCUUCUUCUUACUACGGACUUCUUCUACAAUGGCGUCUAACAACACACUUCUAACUUGUAUUUGAGGAAAUGACCUGGAUGUUGACCUCAUCAAAACCUCGAUUGGGAGGAUCGAAUCUACUGGGUUUUUGUUUCCUUGAUGCACCCAAAAAAGUAGUGGUUUUCAGAAUGGUUUUAUUUGGGAGGGACUGGGACCAAAAAAAUGGAUGACAAGGAAUGGUGAAAGCGGUUAUGCAGCAAAUAGGACUUGACGUGGGACUUGCUCCAUCCUCGCUCGUGUUGGGUCAUGUUGGCAGUGGUGCGAAAUUUUGUCGUCGCCUGCUGAGGACUUGAGCUUGAGCGGGUGUCAGCGCCGUCGCUGCCACUAUCAAGGCAAACCAAUCCGAUGAGUUGUUAUCCACGGCGCAAAUGGUACCGAGUAAAGGUCGUGACGAUGUGAGGUGUGAGAAGGGAGCAAGAUGCUCUGAUAGGUGUGUACAGCACGCUCAGAGGUCACCGGGUUUUGGGUGAAGUUUGGCCUGGUAUGGAGAUGGUGGUUGCCAUUGACCAUCGACGACACCUGCAUCUACCAAGGGAGUGAGUGAGUAGAGCUGCUGCAUCAUCUCCUCGACUUGGCAAUUUGGUGAUUUGGUUAUACUCGGUAACAACUUACAAGUAGGGACAUCCUGGUCUCCCUCCAUCCCUCUGUACAGUAGUUUGAGUGGUGGGAAAGGGUGAUUGAUCACCCCCCCCCCCUCCAUCCGAAGCCUCCUUGACGAGUGUCCUUCCUCUUCGCCUAAUAUUGCUUCGCUUGCUG